AUGGCGACAGCAGACGGCACCGCGCCCUCGCGGCGGCUGCCGCGUGAACUGCCACCGCCGCCGACACAGGCCGAGAUGGAAGAGCUCUACCACAACGCUCGACUUUCUCUUCCAGCCCCACUGCGUAUUCCACUGGCCUCGGUUCUGUCCUUCCUUGCUGGAUUUACUUUGGGAACAGCCCGAGGGGGGAAGUCGGCAGGCCUGCGGUUCCGCGCCGAACACGCGCACAAGCUGCCUACGAGCAUGACGGGCUGGUUUCUCUACCACAAAAGCAAGAAUUACCACGUCGCAUACGGUGGGAUCCGUGAAGGCUUCAAGAUGGGAUGCAAAGUGUCGUUCUGGACCAGCGCCAUGUUCGCCAUCGAGCAGAUGUUCGACUCGUACCGGGGGACCGCCGACUUCCUCAACACGGUGACAUCUUGCGUUACCGUGGCAGGAGGCUUCAGUCUUUGGAAUCGCUUCUCACUCCCCAUGACCGCCCGAACGACGAAAGCCGCGCUGGUCGCCGGAAUGGUCUAUGGCGGGCUUCAGGACCUCCUCGGCAUAGCAAGGGGUCGUCCCAUUGGAUAUGUCGACUGGGUCAAGCAGCGAUUGGGAUCACCACGACAAGAGCAGUCGAAAAGCCAGUAG